CACCCAGAACUAACCCUUCCUAUGUUCUGCCUUCAAGCGUUGCUUCACAACAAUCUGGCAGAGGGAUGAAAACAAAGGUCCUCCAUGUCUCGGUGAGCUGAGCUGGAGAUGCACGCGGAAGAUAAAAAACAAAAAGUGUGCUUCUUCACGACUUCAGGCAAAGGGACCAUGUAUGGAAGGAAGCCACGGUGAGGGAAAAAAAAAAUGGCUUCUCACGAGUCAAAGGCCGGAUCAAAGAUAAACGCUACAAAAGCAGCAGAGGAGUCCAGCACGGCGGACGAUUAUGUCACACCUGGGACCUACGAGCUGGAGAAAAUCCUCAACCGUGGGAGCGUGGCUUACACUCGUGUCAACGAGGUCUGGCCUAACGUCUACAUUGGAGAUGAGGAGACUGCUAUGGAUAAGUGUACCCUGAAGAGGCUGGGAGUUACUCACAUAUUGAAUGCAGCAGAAGGAACAUGGAACAAUGUGGACACUGGGCCUGGCUAUUACAAAGACAUGGAUAUUGUUUACUAUGGUGUGGUUGCAGAAGACGUCCCGACAUUUGACCUCAGCCAGCAUUUCUUUUCUGCUACCAAGUUCAUUCGGGAAACACUGCGAAAUCCUCAGAAUAAACUGCUGGUUCAUUGUGUGAUGGGAAGGAGUCGGUCCGCCACCCUCUUUCUCGCCUACCUGAUGAUCUACGAGAACAUGACAAUUGUGGACGCCAUCGAGCACGUAAAGGGACACCGACGGAUCAUCCCUAACUGGGGCUUCCUGAAGCAGCUGAGGGAACUAGACCAACAGCUCCUGGAGGAAAGAGGAGGCUUAUAAAUAUAAGAGUCAAAUAAAGUCAAGUAAACUUGA